UGCUUUUGCUUACAACUUCCGUCUGUCUACUCCGGUCUUUCUUUUCUCACGUUUUCGUGUAUUUAGGUUGGAGUUUUCUACAACGGAGAGUAGGAAACCCAAUAUCAAUUCUUCAGCAGUUUAUAUAAAGAUAAAAUGCCAGAGACUAAGGUCAAACCUAAGGACGGCAAAGUCGUUCGUCCAAAGCCAGGCACUAUCAAGGCUAAUGGUAAGAAGUCCUAUGGGAACCCCAGGAACUACGACUUGGGAACUGGAGUCUACAGGUUCAGUAGGUCCAAGAUGUACCACAAGAAGGCACUGUGGAAGUUCAUGGGUAAGAAGAACCCAAAGAAGGAGAAGCCUAAGAAAAAGAACUUCAUUGAAAAGCCCAUCGGUGGUGAGAAGAACGGAGGCACUCGUAAAGUCAUCUUGACCAGAAAGACAGCUUCCUACCCAACUUGUGACAGGAUCAGGCGGCACCCGGCCAAGAAAUGCUUCAAGGACCACAAGAGGCGUCUGCGUCCCGCUCUCACUGAAGGUACUGUGUGCAUCGUCCUCGCUGGAGUACAUAAAGGCAAGCGAGUGGUCUUCUUGAAACAGCUGGGUAGCGGACUUCUCCUGGUCACUGGGCCUUACAAGCUGAACGGAUGUCCUCUCCGCAGGAUCAACAAGAUCUACGUGAUCGCCACCUCCACCAAGGUCGAUGUGUCCAACCUCAAGAUCCCCGAUGACAUCAAUGAUGACUACUUCAAGAGGAUCAAGAACAAGAAGCCCAAGAAGGAAGAGGGAGACAUCUUUGUCGCUAAGAAGGAGAAGUACAAGGCCUCAGAGAAGAGGAAGACUGACCAGAAGGAGGUUGAUAAGCAAGUGUUGGGAGCCAUCAAGAAGAUGAAGGACGCCAAGCUGGUCCGCAGAUAUCUCGGCUCAAUGUUCGCUCUCCACAGUAGUCAGUAUCCCCACAGGAUGAAGUUUUAAACACAUUUGACUUUUAUUAUUUGUUAAAUAAACACAUUUUGUGGA